GCCUUUGCUUUCUUUCAGGUAUCAGUAUGGGAAAAGGGGAUCCUAAAAAGCCGAGAGGUAAAAUGUCCUCAUAUGCCUUCUUUGUGCAAACUUGCCGAGAAGAGCACAAGAAGAAACAUCCAGAUGCUUCUGUGAAUUUUUCAGAGUUCUCAAAGAAGUGUUCAGAAAGGUGGAAGACUAUGUCUGCUAAAGAGAAGGGAAAAUUUGAAGAUAUGGCAAAAGUUGACAAGGUUCGUUAUGAAAAAGAAAUGAAAAAUUAUAUACCACCUAAAGGAGAGUCAAAAAAGAAGUUCAAGGACCCAAAUGCACCAAAGAGGCCUCCUUCAGCGUUUUUCUUGUUCUGCUCUGAGUUUCGUCCAAAAAUCAAAGGAGAACAUCCUGGUCUUUCUAUUGGAGAUGUUGCAAAGAAACUUGGGGAAAUGUGGAAUAAUACUUCUGGAGAUGAUAAGCAACCCUAUGAAAAGAAGGCUGCUAAACUGAAGGAGAAGUAUGAAAAGGAUAUUGCUGCCUACCGGGCUAAAGGAAAACCUGAUGCAGCAAAAAAGAUAGCUCCUAAGCCUGAGAAGAGCAAGAAAAAGAAGGAAGAGGAAGAUGAGGAUGAGGACGAUGAAGAGGAGGAGGAAGAGGAUGAAGAAGAAGAGGAGGAGGAGGAGGAAGAAGAAGAGGAUGACGAAUAAACCUCCUAAAGCAGAUUUUCUUGUCUAUAAAAGCAUAUAACCCCCCUGUACACAAUUCACUCCUUUUAAAGAAAAAAAAAUGAAACAUAAGGCUGUGUAAGAUUUGUUUUUAAACUGUACAGUGUCUCUUUUCUUUCCAGUUUCCCUUUUCCUUAUCUUUUUUAUUUUCUUUUGUAUAGUCAACACACUACCAAACGUGUCUCUAGGUAUCCCUAUCCUUUAAGUGGUAUCUCAGUGGCCACUAACCUUGCCUAGUACAGUAUGGGGGUUGUAAAUUGGCAUGGAAGUUUAACGCAGGUUUCUUGUUGGUGCACAGCACAAAUUAGUUAUACCAUGGGGGUGUAGUUCUUCAUCUUCAGUUGUCUCUGCAUCAUAAAAAUAAUAGCUGUUCUGUUCUCUAAAUACCACUCUGUAAUUGCAAAACAAAAAAAAAGUUGUAGCUGUUGACGUUCUGAUUGCUUUCAAGUAAAUGCAGUUUUUUAUUAGUAUUGUUGUCCUUUUAAUAGGUGCCCUUGUAAAGUCAUUAUUUCCUCCCUCAUUUUUUUUCCUUGGAGACUUGUCCUUUGUUAUACCCUUUUGGGAUCACGUCAGAGUUACAGUUUUGUCUCUUUGUAUAAGUAGCUGAUAUAAGAACUUUGUUCUGCAUACCCUACAUAAUCAUGAUAGGGUAGGAAAUAUGUACAGGCAUAUGUGCAAAGCAGUUUUUUUUUAACUGUAACAGGCCACUUAAAAAAUACACUUGUUUUUAGCCAGUCUGUAUUUGCUCAGCUUUUGCUGUGUACAAUAUUCUACUGAGUUGUGUAAAUUUACCAGUCUUUGAGGGAUAAUAGGCAUAAAAUCCAAUUCUGUGGCAUGAAGUACCUUCAGGGGAUAAAUAAGUUCAAGUCAGUGUCCUUGGAGGACCUAUAAGAAAGAGAUUAUAUUCUGAUUUUGAUCUGUGAGGAAUUUGCAUAUAUGACUUCAUUGGCUAAAAAUGAGAGUUAUAUCUGCAAAUACUUGAACACAGAGCUGGGUGUACCCAAAGCAGGUAAUGUUAAAUACUAAAUUAGUGUAAUCCUUUUAGGAUGCCAUGUCAAGUGAUAAGUUGUGGGCUUACUACCAGGAGAAUGUUAUGCUAUAAAUGUUGGAUAGGAAAGGAUUUUACUUUGCUAACAUUUUCUAUAUUUGGUACCAUUGUUUGAGCUGUAAAAAUUCAUGUUUUCCUAGCCAUACUUGUUUUAGCCCAUUUUCAAACUUUAGUGUCACAAACUAAAAUGAGAUUUUUUUUUUCUGUUAGCUUAUAGCACAUUCUGGAUAUUGGCUCAUUUUGUAAGUUAAAAAUAGGUGUAUGGAAAGAAACUCCCUCCUUUCCAUUUAGAUGUGAGAUGCAACAUGGUAUUCCAGUGAUCUCUGAUUUGAUGAAACAUAGGUUGCUCUGUAAACCAAAGUUAAAAGAUUUUUUCAUAUUUGGUAAAAGUUGCUGGCAAUUCUAACUCUUCCAUGUUUACCUGCAGACUAAUAUGGGGAUUAAUUGACAAUUCUUUAGUUAUGAAAUUAUGGUUCUCAAGUGCCAGUGUUUAAAGAUAGCAUUCUUGUAAUUUUACACACUUUUUUGAUGGAGUAUUGUUUUGUUAUACAAUUUUGACUUUUAAGAUUCUUACUUCAAUUUGCAUUGGUUUAUGUAUAACCUCAGGAGAAUUCUGAACACCUGAUUUCCUGGUUGAUACUAAUAAAGUAAUAAUUACAGAGGUUUUA